UAAAUAAAUUUAAUCGAAUCAUCUGCAAUAAAUAUGCAAAUUGCGUAAAAUAAAACUAAAAUCCUAUUUAUUAUGCACAACAUUAAUUGCAGUAUCAUGUCAACAGCCCAGCCCGCCCUACCCAAUCGGAAACAAUUGUGUGAAUCAGUCAGUGGCUACGGCAGGCCACUAUGCAUUCUGCCUACCACCCCCACUUAUCUUUGAUUUGUGUGCUUUGUGCUGCAACACAGACACCGUCACAGUUGAUUCAGAAUUUGUUUUUUGAGUUUUUUUCGAGGCCAAGUGCAAGUGCACGCUGUUUGAUGCUGCCUUAACAAUUCUCAUUCAUUAUUGGCAAUAAAGCGAGCCAGCGAAGUAACGAGCUUCGCUCAACUGCAUAGCUUUAAAUCUGUUUCCCUCCUUGGCUUAAAUUGAUGCUUUAAUUUGCAAAUACAACACAAAAAUUAAUCGAAAACCAGACGACAAUAGCAGCGAACACAAACAGCUGUGCUAAUAAAAAAAUUCAACAAAAACCAAUCAAUAAACUUCAACAACAAAGCAGUUAAUAGAUUAAAGUCAAUAAAGCUUGAAAUUCAAUUAAGAGUACAGCGAGAAAAAAAAUAAACAACUUUUUGAUAUCAAAGAGACAAUGAAUUCGGACAGUAGUGAAUUAGAAACGUCCAGCAAUAGUCGUCCGAUUUUUCUACCACCCAACUCUACUAGACUACCUACCAACUCCUCCAACGUUGUUACAUAUCACAGUAUGUCCACUACCGAUGCGGGUUGUGAAGUCAGUGCAAAUAACGAGUUAACAACUAACUUGACAAACAAUAUCAAUAUAACCGUAGCAAAAAACGUAGAUAAACCACAAGAGCGUUACGUUUGGGAAAUGCGUUCACGUAGUCCAAAUGUGACUCCUGCAAGUACAGUGUUAAAUUCACCCGAUAUGAAUACAGAUAUGCAAUAUACCUUACAACAUCACAAUCGUCAACAUCAUCAAAUACGUGUUGGCCGUAGUCCAGGCAGUCAAUUUGAACAACACAACAUACUGCCACAGGGUCUAGCUAGUCCUGGUUCACCCACAGAUGUUGGCAAAGCAGACGGUCAAUGUCUUCGUGAUGGCGAAAUUGUUGUUUUUGAUGACAUUGAUACGAAUUGGAUGAAUAAAACAAACUCAAAUAACUCAAAAGAAAAUAUUCAACAUUUACAACACAAUAAUGAGGAUAUACUUAAAGUUACCAAAAUGAUUGGCCAGUUGCCCAUAGCAGAGUAUGAGGGUUCACCAAGACGAUUUGGCAAUCAGCCACAAACUAAACAAACUAAUACUAUAACAGGGAAUGCGUUUCCAAAAAGGCCGCCUGGUUUUCCACAAAGAGUAUCGCCUUUAUCAACAGCACAACAAUUGCAAUUACACCAGCAACAGGAGGCAAACGUAAGACAACUUAUACAACAACAACAGCAGCAACAACAACAGCAAGCACAGCAAUAUUAUCAGCAAAAUGCAACAAAUAUUGCUACAGGUGUUACAAAUCCUAAUGAAGAUUUACAAAAAUCCAUUGGUAAUUUAAUUGACAUCGAUAAUGAUGGUUGUGUAGUUAAUAACACAAAAGCUAAAACUCCUACUUUUGAUUAUUUGUAUGAAUUUUCGGAAACUCGUAAAGUAUUGGAAGAAUUUUUCAAAGUUAGUAAUCAGGACGAUGAAAAGCGAUUUACAGAUUAUACCGAGAGUGACGAAGUUGGUAGCUGUGAUACGCAUCAGGAAUAUGAAAAGGAGCGUGAAGAAGAAAAACAUAUCGAACAGGCAUACAUUGGACAACGUUUAGCUAGAAUACCCAAAGAUGAAUUAUAUAUGGUACACCGUUCACCACGUAAACAAAAUAAUGAUAAUGUGUACAGUGAAAAUAACGAGAUUGAACUUUAUAUCGAUUCAAAUAGUCGAAGUAGUGGCGAUUUAGCUGAUACGGAAUUAGAAGCUAAUUUACGUAGGCAUUCGCGUAAUUUUACACUAUCCCCAGAGACCACAGACUACGAUUCGAAUUGUGGUGAUUUAGAUAGUUUAUCGAACGACAUCAAUUGUACAACAGACUAUGGUAAAUUAUAUACCAGCAUGCCCGUGUUGGAAGAUGGUCUGUCUAGCGGUCAUGCAUCAGAUACUGAAAAUAAUGGUAUGGGUUUAAAUAAAACGCAACAACAUGAAAACAUUGAUAACAUAGAAAAGGGGCAGCAAUUACAAUACCAACAACAACAACAGCAGCAGCAACAACUUCAACAGCAACAAAUGAUUGAACAAAACGAAUACAAUGCUAGUUUAGGGUCGGAGUGCAAUGACGAUUGUCGCACAAUUGCUUGUAGUGAUAUGAAUAUAAUAGAUGCAAAUUUUAUGACUGAUUUAGUGAACGGCAAAGAUGAGUGCAAUAAACAACAACAUUGUAAUGAUUUGAUCAUAGCUGAAAGUGUUUGUUGUAAUACUGCUACAUUAAAUAAUUCCAAUGAACUGAGUAAUGAUUUAAACUAUGAAGCAGUUUACGCUGCAGCAGCGAUGAGUAAUAAACAAAAAACGCCUCCACCGCCACCAGCACCAGUACCGCAUCGACAACAACGCUUAAGGCAGCAGCGAGAGUCAGCAGAUAUACAAGAAGCAAUGAAAGAGAUACGUUCUGCUUUACAACGCGCAAAAACACAACCAGAAAAAUUAAAAUUUUGCGAUGAAGUGCUACCACCAGAUCCUGAAUCUCCGGUCUGGGUUCCACGGAAUAGUUUGAAUAAUAUCGUUAAUAGUAAUCACAGUACGACACAAAAACAUCAUUGUACCGGCGAAGAGGAAGAGCCAGAUACUGAUUUGGAAACUGAUCGCUUAUUGGGACAACAACGUCUAGAUGAUCAAGAUUUUUUUGAUGAUAAGACAAUUUGGCCAAAAACUUCACGCAUUGGUAUGCAUUCCAAUGAUCACUCGCCUUCUACUUCAGAUGUCACACUGCUUACUUCAAACUCCAACAGUAUUAAACCGCAGACAUACUCUUCGGCUACGAUAAGACAAGGUAUUGGUACAUCACUAACACCAACAUCGCCAGAUCGUUGUCAAAUUGUUGGUUCAGCUGAUGUAGCACUUACGUCGCCUGAGAAGUUGCAAUUUUCAAAAAGUCCCACAGGAUCAAUUAAAUCUCUGAAAGACUCAGCAAAUAGUGAUAAGAAAGCUAAAACACGCAACAAAGAGGGACUAUUGGAUCCAUUAGUACUGAUUGAGGGUGUACUUUUUCGUGCACGUUACUUAGGAUCAACACAGUUGGUAUGCGAAGGGCAACCAACUAAAUCUACACGUAUGAUGCAAGCUGAGGAGGCAGUGUCCAGAAUAAAGGCUUUGGCACCAGAAGGUGAAAGUCAACCCUCAACUGAAGUCGAUCUAUUUAUAUCUACCGAAAAAAUAAUGGUGCUCAAUACAGAUCUCAAAGAAAUUAUGAUGGAUCAUGCUUUACGCACAAUCUCCUAUAUAGCUGAUAUUGGCGAUUUAGUAGUACUCAUGGCACGACGACGAUUUGUACCUUCAGAUUCGUGUAGUUCAGAUGCUGAGGGUAAUGGUUGUACCACUACCACUACUACUAACGCUAAUGGUAAUAAAGAAACCAAAGAAAAUGGCGGUACGGGUAGUAGUAAACUGAAUCGCACACCUAAAAUGAUUUGUCAUGUUUUCGAAAGUGAUGAAGCUCAAUUCAUAGCUCAAUCAAUUGGACAAGCUUUUCAAGUAGCUUAUAUGGAAUUUCUUAAAGCAAAUGGCAUUGAAGAUCAUAGUUUUGUGAAAGAAAUGGAUUAUCAGGAAGUGCUCAAUAGUCAAGAAAUUUUUGGUGAUGAAUUAGAAAUAUUUGCUAAAAAAGAGUUACAAAAAGAAGUUGUUGUUCCGAAAGCUAAAGGUGAAAUACUGGGUGUGGUGAUUGUUGAAAGUGGUUGGGGUUCAAUGUUACCAACAGUGGUUAUUGCAAAUUUAAUGUCAGCUGGUGCUGCGGCACGUUGUGGACAAUUAAAUAUUGGUGAUCAAUUAAUAGCUAUUAAUGGCAUGAGUCUUGUUGGGCUUCCAUUAUCGACAUGUCAAAGUUAUAUACGCAAUGCAAAAAAUCAAACUGCUGUUAAAUUUACGGUUGUGCCAUGUCCACCAGUUGUUGAAGUAAAAAUCAAACGUCCAAAUACAAAGUACCAGUUAGGAUUUAGUGUGCAGAAUGGAGUGAUAUGUAGUUUAUUGCGAGGCGGCAUAGCUGAACGUGGUGGUGUACGUGUUGGUCAUAGAAUUAUCGAAAUCAAUAAUCAGAGUGUGGUUGCAGUGCCACAUGAAAAAAUUGUGAACCUGCUAGCAACUUCAGUGGGAGAAAUACUAAUGAAAACUAUGCCUACAUCCAUGUUUCGGCUAUUAACUGGACAAGAAAAUCCCAUUUAUAUAUAAAAAUAAUAUGCUAACCUAUGCUUCACUACUAAAAGUCUUGAAAAUGUU